GAGAGAGGCUGCGCGAACAAGCCUGAAGGCACAGCAGCAGCAAAGAGAUCUGCAAACAACCUCACAAUCGCCUACACCUUGCUCUGUCGGCGUCUCUUGCUUUCCAAGCUUGCACACUUGCAUUGGCCGGCGCACGACUCAUGCGGUUCGAGAACCCCUUAAGUCGACUCUGAGUUCAGCCGCUGCUGAGCUGCUACUGCUGCUGGUAGCUCCACCUCCACCACCACAAGUUAAAAGUCCCCUUGACAAUCUAGGAAUACCACCGACCCGACUGUCCCUUUCCUGAACACGAGGCAUACGCAGGCUGCCAACACUGCGACGGUCGACGCCUCCGGAGAGCACUGGCACUCUCGCCUGCGCCGUGCUUGCCGCGUCCUCCUCCUCUUCAACCUCACCACCACCAAAUGAACGUUCGCGACCCCUUCGGCCUCCACCAGAAGCAGAAGAGCGCACUCUCGAUCCUGCGGACCACUGCGGUCAACACCGCCGCCCAGAUUGCCGAGAAAGCCGUCGACGCGGGCAUCCAGGCCAUCGACAAGGGCAAGCAGGCUGUCCAGGACCUCCAGGACCUCCACCAGCAGUCCGACAUGGCCUUCUCCUUGCCAAAGAACGUGCCAUCCUUCGACCACCCCCAGCGGCACCUCGAGGACCGCGUGUGGGGCAAUCCGAAUGCGUCGUAUCGCGGGUCGGCGGCCCGCGGCGGAGGCAGCAAUGGGAACGGAAUCCUAGGGGGCGUACAAGAUCGAAUGGGGGACAUGUUCGACCGCAAGGGCGGGCUGCCGAUGUACAAGGACAAGCCUUACGGGUAUGGGCCCGGGCGUCCGAAGCCACUGUGGAGGAAGAAGCGGUUCCUGGGGUUCAUACUUGUCAUCCUGGGCCUGCUGUACUUCUCUGGAGUACUGGGAGGUGGCCAGCACGACAUACCCAAUGCGCAGCGGCCGCUGUGGGGCUGGCUCAACCAGAACACGGGGGAUACAAAACAUGCCAAUUGGGACCGGAGGAGGGAGCUCGUCGUAGAGGCUUUCGAGUUGAGCUGGGACUCUUAUAAGCGUUAUGCAUGGGGCUAUGACGAGUAUAGGCCGAUAUCCAAAAAGGGCGGCCAGAUGACGCCCAAGGGCAUGGGGUGGAUCAUCGUGGACGCGCUCGACACCAUGAUGAUAAUGAAUCUCACGUCCCGCGUUUCCGACGCCCGCGGGUGGAUAGCAAAGUCGCUCACAUACGACCAGAACCAGGACGUCAACACCUUUGAAACGACGAUACGAAUGCUGGGAGGUCUGCUGUCUGCGCACUACCUCUCCACCGAGUUUCCAGAGCUGGCACCGCUGACGGAUGAUGACCCUGGUGCCCCCGGCGAGGACUUGUACCUUGACACGGCCAAGGAUCUGGCGGAUCGGCUGGUAGCCGCGUUCGACUCUGACUCUGGCGUGCCUUAUGCUAGUGUCAACAUUGGCACGCUAGAGGGCAUCAAGUCUCAUGCCGACUCUGGCGCGUCGUCCACUGCCGAGGCGACCACGCUCCAGCUAGAAUUCAAGUACUUGGCCAACCUCACUGGUGAGAAGUACUUUUGGGACAAGGCCGAGAAGGUGAUGCAGGUGGUCGAUGACAACCAGGCUGAAGCCGGCCUGGUGCCAAUCUUCAUCAACCCCAGUACUGGCAAGUUCCAGGGAGAAAACAUCCGCCUUGGAAGCCGAGGAGACUCUUACUACGAGUACCUGAUCAAGCAGUACCUGCAGACGAACAAGGCCGAGCCAAUCUACCUGGACAUGUGGGAGGAAGCCCUCGCCGGCACGCGAAAGCAUCUCGUGACUUAUACCGAGCCGUCUGGCUUCACCAUUAUUGGAGAGCGGCCGUAUGGUUUAGGGGGCGAGCUGUCGCCCAAGAUGGACCAUCUUGUCUGCUUCAUGCCUGGCACCAUUGCACUUGGCGCCACCGAGGGCUUGACAGAAGCCGAGGCGAAGAAGCUGCCAACAUGGUCGAAGAAGCAAGAGGCAGACAUGCAGCUCGCGCGAGAGCUGAUGCAGACAUGUUGGGGCAUGUACAAGUGGAUGGCGACGGGUCUCGCGGCAGAAAUCACCUACUUCAACGUUGCCAAGCCCCCCCUGGCCGAGGGCGACCCUCACCCGAAGCCAUCGGACGAGUUCGAGGCUGACCCGGAAGCGACGUGGCGGCAGGACUAUGAUGUGCACCGGAAUGAUGUGCACAACCUGCAGCGGCCGGAGACGGUCGAGAGUCUGUUCUACAUGUGGCGUAUCACGGGCGAGGUCAAGUAUCGGAACUGGGGGUGGGAGAUGUUCAAGUCGUUCAUGAACCACACUGCCGUGGAAGACGGUGGCGGCUUCACAAGCCUGUCGGAUGCGAACGUUGUGCCGCCGGUGCCGAGGGAUAACAUGGAGUCUUUCUGGCUGGCCGAGACGCUCAAGUACUUCUACUUGCUCUUCUCCCCCAACGACCUGAUUCCGCUCGACAAGGUCAUUAUCAACACGGAGGCGCACAUUCUGCCGCGUUUCGACAUGGGCAGGCUCUUUUCGACGGGCUGGGAGCGCAAGCCACGGACGCCGGCGGCAGCCACAGCGGCGGGAACAGAGUAAGUUUGAGAGGGAAGAAAUCAUGCCGGCCAGGAAGGCGCCCGGCAUUUAUGGAAGCGACAUUCCUGGGACAAAAAGGAGCUGGUGUUGAUACUCCACCCAUACUGUAUAUAUCACCGAUGAUUUGCAGGGCCAUGAGUACGCCGCAUGAGCAUAGCAACGAGCGGGCCGUGUCCAUUGACCAAGGACUCUCUGGCCAUGGUUUUCC